AUGGUAAAGAAUGAUCUUUACAUUGCCAAGAAACACUUUACAAAGAGAUACACGUUAAAUAAGAAGGAUAAAGAAAUGGCUCAAACUUUAUAUUUCAGCGUUCUUCUCAUCGCUCUCUGUUCAUUAUCUGAAUGCAUUCAGCGCCGCUAUCACCACAUAAACAUGACGAAGAAGUGGACUGAAGCUCAGAGAUACUGCAGAGAGAAAUACACAGAUCUGGCCACAGUCAACAACAUCAACGACAUGAAUCAACUGAUGAAGAGUGUGGAUUACAGUCUGAUUUAUGGUGUCUGGAUUGGACUGCAUAGAUCAAGUGUUUAUAAAUGGAAGUGGUCUCUGGGUGAUCCUGUGAAAUAUACAAACUGGUAUAAUGGAGACUCAAAUGCUCCAAAUGAUUGUGUUUAUAUGAGAGAUGGAUCAUGGCGUCAUCAGAUCUGUAAUGUUAGGAUGAGAUUCAUCUGCUACAAUGAGAGCAGUAAAGGAUUCAUCAUUGAUGGUUCUUCAGUAUCAUGGAGAGACGCUCAGAGGUUUUGCAGACAGCAUCAUACUGAUCUGACCAGUGUGAGGAAUCAGACUGAGAAUCAACAGAUUCAGAAGAUCAUGAAUGACAAAAACAUAUCUGAAGUCUGGAUUGGUCUGUUCAGUGACUCAUGGGAGUGGUCAGAUGAGAGCGACUCCACAUUCAGAUACUGGGGUCUUUAUCAACCUGAUAAUUAUGUUGGAGGUUUUCAAGAUUGUACAGGAGUCAGAAUGAUAGAACAGAGUCAAUGGCAUGACUUAAGUUGCAGUCUCUCUCAGACCUUUGUGUGUCAUGAAGAUAAUCUGAUAUUGAUCCAGAUGAAUCUGAGCUGGUCUGAAGCUCUGAGAUACUGCAGAGAGAAUCAUGUGGAUCUGGUUUCAGUUGAUUCAGAGGAGAUUCAGUUCAUGGUGACUAAAGUAAUUCAUCAGUCCUCUACUGACGCUGUGUGGAUGGGGUUACGUCACUCCUGUGCUGUUGGUCUUUGGUUCUGGGUGAAUGGAGAGAUGGUCUGCUAUCAGAAUUGGGCUCCAGGGAACGAAACCGCAGUGGACGACUGUGACCAUGAAGUGAAAUCUGGAGCAGUUCAGUCUGGAGGAGAUCAUCGCUGGAUCAGCCUUCCUGAAUCUCAACAACUAAACUUCAUCUGCAGCAGAUAUGAAGAAUAAAGUCUAUCACUUCAUUUUUGUUCUUUGUUAAUUUUCUGUUUCUUAUUAUACUAAAAAUAAAUAUUUUCUACGUUAAUGUGUUAGUUAUGUUUUGGGAGUGGGUUAAAGUAAUAUUUACUCAUCAGAUGUCACUUCUGUUCUGUUUCAUGUGUGAUUAAUAAAGAUU